AUGGACAAUUUUUACAAUUUCUUAUCAAUUAGAGGAAUUAAACGUAUACCAAGAUCAUUAACAAAUAACACUAAUAGGACUAGAGCUGAUAAUGUGAAUACUGUUAUAAGUAAUAUUAGAAAUGAAAAUGAAGUACAAACAGAUGAUUAUACACCAUUAAUUCAAAUUUUCAAUGAUGAUGAGUUAGAUGAUCAAUAUAUUGAGUAUAUUUAUAAAGAUGAUGAUGAUAUAGAUAGAGAGUUUGAAUAUAUUCAAGUUGGUUAUCCUAAAAUUACAGAUAAUUAUAUCCCCAAUUGUUUAGAAUUUCCAUUACUUUCUGAUUUUAAAAAAUUUGAUUAUCAUAUUGAAGAUAUUGAUCCUUCAAAGCUAAUUACUAGUCAGCCUGCAUCUCAAUUCAAUGACAGUUUAAAAUUAAAACAUCUUGGUAUCACUCAUUUGUAUGGUUUUGAAGAUUCAAGAAAAUAUAAAAAUAAUUUAUCAACCAUCAUAUCUAAUUAUUUGAUUGUUGCUAUUAAUUCAGAGCUUCUACUUUUUGAAUUUGACAUGUUAAAUCAUUUACCAAAGGAAAAAUUGUUGUUUAGAUUUGAAACGAAGCCUGUUUUUACCACUAGUACUGAUCGAUUAAUUUCAACAUUUCCUUAUUUCCCACAUACGAUAAAUUAUGUAAAGUCUGGUGUAUUUUUAGGUAAAGAAGUGUUAUGUGCUUGUACUGAUAAUGGUAGUUUGUUAAUAUGGUACACUGAAGAUAUUCUGCAACAUGUGAAUGAUAAAAAAGAAAUCGUCAAGAUUGAUCCACAAUUCAAAAUCAAACUUGAAGCAUCAUUAUGGGGUCUAGAUUUUAAAGAUAAUGUCAUAGUUGUAUCCGAUAACUCCCAGAGUAUCACAUUAUUAGUAUAUCAUGAAUUAGAUGAAAGAUUUUAUCAUGAAAAGUCACAUCAAAUAUUACACAACAUACCAGAUGUCUCAAUUGUAGAGUAUAAUAAGUUUGAAGUUUCUGUUGCUUGUGUUUCAAUAUCUGGUGAAAUUGUAAUAUUUAAUUUCAAAUUUAAGAUAUUUCAAGGUGCUUUAAAUAAAGAAGAUUAUGAGUAUUUCAAGAACGAGUCAUUAUAUUAUACUGAUUCAACAAUGGAGCAUCUAGAAAAUAGGAAUAACAUCCAACCAGAAGAACUACUAGAGUUAAAACUGAGGAAAUUUAAGCGUAUCAAUUUUGAUACUCCUGAAAUUAUUUCCCGUUGUGUUUUAAAUGAUGAUUGUUGGACAGUUGAAUCAAUUGAUAAAAAUUGGUUUUUGGAAGUUGGUUCAUUAGCUACAGUAUUUGGUGAUGAUACAAUUAAUGAACAAGAAGAAAUGAGUAAAAUACAACAAGAAUCUAAAAUACUAGGAUUUCCUUCAAUUUGGCAAUUUCAUGAGUGUAAAACAGUUAGUUUUGAAAAUAACAACUCAGUCAAAUUAGUUUCAGUAGAUGAUGAGUAUCGAAGAAUACAUAAAGAUAUGAGAUUGAAUAAAUUGAAGAAGAUUUUAAUGAUUUCAACAGCUUCCAAGAUUGCAAUUUUUAAUUAUCCUUCAUUAUAUUGUAAUUCAAAUACAAAUAAAGUUUUCAAUUUAAAUAUACCAUGUUCUGAAGAAAGUCGAUUUGCAAAUAGAAUGUCAAUAUCAUUAAUAAUUCCUAAAUUAUCUUGUUUUAUUUCAUGUCUGCAACAAGGACUAAUUACAAUAAUGAGAUUAUGUACUUAUAAAGGUAUUUAUGGAAUGCGACAAGAAUAUAUUUUUCCGAACGCAUUAAGAUUAGCAUUGGGAUAUCAUGGACAUAGAACAAUUAUUGGAUUAUCAAUUAAAGAUCGAACAAUAACUGAUGCAAGAUAUUUAUUAUAUAUUAUAUAUAAUGAUGGGUUAGUGUUAACGUAUGAAUUAAGUCUGUCUGGUACAGAAUUGAAUAUAUAG